AUGCAACAAGGGUGCCAGGGCUCUCGGUUAUCCAUAGCAGAUUUGGAGCUCAUCAAGAGCGAGGGAAGAAAAUGCUCCUAUACUCUACAUGCAUCUCAACAAGAGAGGGAGGCAGCCAGGCUGGGCGAACAUGGAGCAAUGCACAUGGCAGGAGCCUUUUCAGACAUUCAGCUCACAUCAUCUGGACCAGGAGCACUGAGACCCACAGAGAUCCUCAAUUUGGUCUGUAAAGUGACAGGAUUCUUUUUCAAUGUGCAGAAUUUUUACUGGCACUGGAUCCGUCAGGCUCCAGGAACAGGUCUGGAACGGGUUGCCACAAUAUACCCCUAUGAUGGGAGAAAGUGGUACAACCCUUCUCUCCAAAGUCGCAUCACCAUUUCUGCGGACAGCUCCACCAACCAGUUCUCCCUCCGGCUGAGCUCCGUGACAGCUGCAGACUCUGCUGUGUAUUAUUGUGCCCGGGAAGCACAGUAUAACACAGAGAGACAAGAUUUAUUGGACAAUCUCAGCCUGGUCUGUAAAGUGACAGGAGUUUCUAUCACUGACGCGAGCUAUAGUUGGCACUGGAUCCGGCAACCUCUUGGGACAGGGCUGGAAUGGGUUGGAAGAAUAUACCUUUAUGAUGGAAGCAAGUACUACGCCUCUUCUCUCCAAAGCCGUGCCACCAUUUCUGCAGACAGCUCCACCAACCAGUUCUCCCUCCAGCUGAACUCGGUGACAGCUGCAGACUCUGCUGUGUAUUAUUGUGUUGUGCCGAUAAGCACACUAACACUGGGGGAAAGCCCAGAGUGA